AUGCCUGAUGAUAAUGCUGCUAAACAAAGUGCUGCUAUUAUGCUUUCUCCAGGAGUUGGAAUAAAUCCAUUUGGUGUCUCAGAUAAUGUAAAACUGUUAUCUCCAGAUUCUCGUUUUCAGACAAUUGGUGCAUGUGCAACAAAUCACAUAGAGUCUGGUUAUAGGUUUUCAUACAGUGAUUUACUUCCUGGUUAUUUAGAGCGUUAUAGACGUCAGUUAUUACAAGAUUCACAAAUAGUUUCAAAUGACAUCAGCGUAUUUUACCUUCCAGCUGUAGAUGUCAGUCUACAUUACAAUUCCAUGACUGAACUGGACUUUUUACCCGGAAGCGGUGCUUUCGGUGUUCCAAAUCCAGUCGUUCCGUCGCCCAGUCAACCUCGAAAUAGUCAGAGUACGGGAAAUAAAGACGAUUCUACGCCUAGGCUUAAUAUAUCAUCUCCAAGAAGUAUAAGAAAACAAGCUGAUUUAUAUGUUUCUUGUUUUUUGCAGAAGUUGCCCAAGGAACUUGUUGUGCAACCAUUUUUACUUGAUUUUCUAGAACAAGCUAUUGAUAAUUUGCCAUUUGUAGCUGACUGGAAUUCAGAAGCUGAUUCUGUUUCAUCUGAUUCCGGUAAUGAAGUAUUUUUCGAAAAGUUUCCUGUACACGCUAUCGUUCACCUUCAUGUUCAACCGUCCACUAUACGGUUUCUUUGUUUGCCAACUUCUCGAAUGCAAUGUCUAAUGGUUUUACCAUUUUUGGAUGCUGUUUUCUCAACUAAACGAGAUGAUUGUGAUUCCGUUGUAAAUCGAGUCGAUAAUAAUGUAUCACGUAAAUUGACAGAUCUUGCCUCAUUACAGUCCGAUAAUCAAGAGGAUAUCACAGGUUUUACACUGAAGCCUAAACUAGUAGUUGGUGACAUCGUUUCAGCUGGAGGACUCUCGGUUACGGCUAUAUUAAAAGAAUUCCGUGUAUCAAUUUUCCAUCCUUAUGGAGAAUCAUCUUCCAUGAGACCUGAAUCUAGUUCCUGGGGAAAUGCUAGACCUUGUGAUUCACUUACUAUUCUUGUAAAAGACAUACAGUGCCAUUUUUCUCGCACUAUAGAAGCAAAAAUUGUACAAAUGAAUCCAAAUGUUCCCACAAAUGAAUGUACUACAGCCGCUGUUAGUGAACCUAACAAAAAGCCAUCCAGUUCAGCAGUUCAUGGUGUCAGUCUUCUUAGUUCUGCGAGUGAAACAAUGAACUCCACACAGUCGGGUGACAACUUUGGUUUACAUAGAAAUCUAUAUAUUUCAGGUAUCUUUGAUAUUGGUGUAGCAGAGUUUACUUGUGAUACUCGUCGAACACUAGAAAUUCUCGAUAUUUACAACUCCUGGUAUCGAAGCAGUUUAGCUCGUCGUUUAUUUUUGGGUAAUGAUGACCUGACUGAUACAGCUGAUAAUGCAACUCAACCGUUUGAUCAAAGUGAAGUGCAGGAAGUUGCACAACAACAAUCAAAUGCCAAGUCAGAAACUGUAUCAGAUACUAUAGAUACAGCAGCAACACUUAACACUAUACAAAGUCCUAAAACUUCUGUUGGUUGCGAAUCGGAUUAUGAAUCGCAAAGGGACACAGUUAAACCCACUACAGAAUCCCAACAACUUUCAAUCAAAACUAAGAAACAACCUUCAUCUAAAACAAUAACCUUAAAAGAAACUCAUUGCCAUACAAACUGUACAAGAUUAAAUGAAGCUCGUGCUACAACAAUAGGUCCAUGUUUUUCAUCAAAUGAUCACUCAACUCUUGCGCCUACAAACAGUACCUCUCCAGAUCCAACUUCAAAGUUAACUACACUUGUUGGCAUCGAACGUGGAGCUAGUGGAAGUCGUAAUACUAGUUUACGAGUAGCUUCAUGGAAUGCAUUAACUAUUUUCUGUGUACAGUUGAAGAAAUUCGACCUAAAUUUAUACAUGGGUAGUGCUAUGGGUUUAACACGACUAAUUGUGGACCAAUCAUUUUGUGAAGGUCAUAUAUCAGUGAAUUCAUCAGGUCGUAAACAUACUCUACUGACUGCUGGUUUGGCCAAUAGUCAGUUUAUUAGUGAAGGUGGUGGAGUUGGUGGUGAAUUUGGCUUAGUUGAUGUAGAGGCUCGACUUCGAAUAGAUGAUGAUCCUUCACAUGAUCCACAACAUUGUUUAGCAGCUCAAGUUGGUGGCUUUCAAAUACGUAUUGAAUAUAUGAACACAAAUAUUCUACUGUUUAGAGUGAAUUCCUUAGAUUUGAUGCUCUACGAUGAAUGGCGUCUGAAAGAUGUCGCUCAACAGUUGUUUGAUUCAGGUAGACAGGCGAAAUCCGUUCCUGUAAAACAAAGUCAGUAUACAUCAUUAGAGUCUGAUAGUGAAUCAAAUAUUGCUUUUGGUUCACCCCCAAUAUUUAUUCGAAUUGCCGGUGAAAUAAAUUGGGAUCAAGCACAGGCCGCUAUCGUACGUAGUACCACUCCAGACCUUCUACGAUCUAUUCAUAAGGUUCGUGAUUAUUUCCAAGAACAAGUUCGUGAAGGCCGUUUAUCUUUGAUUGGACAAGUUGGUCGUUUUGGUAUGUUUCCGAUGACCAGCAGACAACGCCGUUCUUCAAGUCAAAGUAUGAGCUUUUGUUCACCUGCUCGAUUUCAAGGGAAGUUGGACACAAAAUCUGACAGUUUCGGUGAUCAAGAAAUUGAUAGGCUGUUACAACGUCAUUGGCAAAAAAUAAUGUACCAAGCAUUAAAACUAUUUUCACGAGAGCGAUUUCGAGUUUCUAAUCUCAAAGGGAAAUCAAUAUCUGUAGAAUCACAGUCCGACUCACACAAUAAUCCUGUUCUUAGUGGUUCUUUUCAGCUGUCAGGAAAUUCAUUAGGAAUAGCUUGUUUCGCUGGAAGUUUUCGAUCAGCACCUGAUUGGGCUGUAUUCAACAUUCAGUAUCCUACAGCCUGCUUUGAAACUGAAGCUCAGAGAGAACUUCCAAUGGUUGAUGAGGAGAUGAAUCUUGAUCUAAGUGAGGUAGAUGGAUGGAUAAAUGUCCGACAAGUUUUGAGUUUUGAACUAGGCUCACCUCCAGAGUUCCAACCUCAAAUGGCUUAUGUACUUCGUGUUAGAAGAGGGAAACCACAGAAUUUAAAGGAUUUACCAAUUGCAACUAUUGAAGAAUGGCUAGAAUUUAGUUUUCGUGGUGCAGAUAAUACAGUGGUCAAUUUUGUUCGACAUAGUAAUCCAUCAGGUGUCAGUUCAGUCAUACAAUUGGCGCAUUUCCCAGUAAGCUUUUCACAAAUUAAUAGCCAAGAAAGCUCUCUCCCUGCAUUUAAUGUAUUGAAUUCCACGAAGUCUGGACAGUCAGUCAUUUGUCCUACUCGUGAUGUAUUGACCCCUGUGAAUGAAGAUGAUAAUAAUCCUCUAGAAUCUGGUAAUAAUAACCGUGCUACCACUAACACUGGUAAUAAUGAAUCAGUAAAUGUUGGUAAAGAUUUGCUAAAAGAAGAACGACCUAGUGUAUCUGUACGUUCUAAUCCUUUAAAGCCACCGAAUGAAGGCGAGUUGUUGUUUAUUUUGCCUUCACUUGCUCUACGUAUCACUACUGAUCAACGUCAAACGAUGUCUCGACCAACUUUGUCUAGUCUUCCAUCUGUUGUACCAACAUCGUUAACUGCUAAUGAACCCAAAUCUGAUAAUACAUCUAAGAAUGUGAACCGGACUAAUUCUCUAGUACGGCAUUCAAAAGGAAGUUUGUUACUUCCUCAAUCAAAACCAUCGUCUAAAAAAGAUAAUUCAGGAGAUGUAUAUGUGAAUUCACCCAGUUCUGUGCCAUCAGUAAAAGUCAGUUUUCAAACUGAUUUUCAUGGCUUUGUUCAACUUGGACUUAUUGAUGUACCAUGGUUACCAAGUCUGAUAAGUUCAUAUUUGGAUGAAAGAUUAAACGAUUAUGAACUUUCUAGUGCAGCAAGUUGGAAUGCAAAUGAUAUAAACCAAAAAGAUAUUAUUAGUCGACUACGUGCUCUUUCAACAACUAGUUCGCCUAUGGUACAGGAUGCUCGUGUUUAUGAUAUAAUCCAUUGGUCGUUAAGUCCCGAAUGUCGCUGGCUUUUAGCUACUAAUAUCGGUGUACCAGCAUUUGACCGUCUACUAGAGAGUGUUGGUUUUCGAAAAGCACGUGUUACUAUACCGAAAUGGCUUCAAAGAGGUAUCAUGGAUCAAUUAGACAACAUUGCUUCUAUACUUUUAGAAGGUAGCUUACAGUUAAGUAUGGAUGAAAUAAAUGAAGAAUCUAAAACGUCUCACCAAAAAAAAUGA